AGAAUGCCACUUGCAUUGCAAGUUGCCAACACCCCCAUGCAAUUUUUCUAGAUAGGCUCCGAAAGAACUUGAGCACAUGUGCCGUGGGACCCAGUGCAGGAAAAAUGAUAGCUUCAUCGGUUGAGCCGAUGCAAAUCGAUGAAGAUGAUCAGAAUGCGGACCUUCCGCAGAUGAAUGUCGAGAGUGCUGAUAGGCCUUACGGGAGUGCUGAUGGCGUGACCGCAGACUUCAGAGUUUCAUCCUGUUCUAUUGACCUUGACGCAUAUUCACAGCAAUACACCGAUCUUUAUCGAAUCAACCGGCUGAUGUUUAUUGCUGAACACUGUCCUUCACUAAAGAAAGACGCAAUUAUACUGGCUAUUAAAAGUGUCGAAAACACGAAUAAUGUAGAGAUGUAUAAAAAAUUACACGUGCAUCUCAGCGAGUCAAUUGUUUCAAAUGGUAACAGAAAUGGAAUCGAAAAUGGGGCUUCUGAGCGACAGCUACCCCCAUUCGAUAAAUCGUGGCUGGAGACAAGCUCGAGGGCUUCAAUGGCUAGAUUUGAAAAACUAGAUGCGGAUCUGAGGAGCUACAAGUCGAAUUCUAUUAAAGAGAGCAUAAGGAGGGGGCACAAUGAUCUGGGAAAGCAUUUUCUGAAUAUUGGUGACCUUCAAUCGGCUCUCAAAUCCUUCACCAGGACACGUGACUACUGCACCUCCAGCAAACACAUUCUGGACAUGUGUUUCAACGUCAUAGGCGUGAACAUUCUGCUUAAAAACUGGUUCCACGUGCAGAGUUUUGUCAUGAAAGCCGAACAAACUCAAGAACAAUCUGUGCAAGAUUCACAUUCGAAAAAAGUGCACUCAAAAGCAGCAUGGUUGAAGUGCGCUUUUGGAGUCGCAGAACUUGCGUUUAAGAGGUACAGAUCGACUGCAAAGGCAUUCGUGGGAAUUUCACCUGAAAAUUGUCCCGAUGAUUUUGUAUCGCCGGCCAAUGUGGCUCUGUAUGGAGGGUUAUGCGCUCUUGCAUGUUACAACCGAGACGAGCUCCGUGAUAAUAUUUUGACAAAUACAAAUUUUAAGCAACUUCUCGAAGCUGAACCCCAAUUAAGAGAAGUUAUAACAUCGUUCCAUGAGUCCAACUACAAAAGGUGUUUCAAAAUCAUGGACGAAAUGAAAAAUAACUGGCUGUUGGAUCUAUAUUUGUCUAGUCACGUGGAUACAUUGUACAAAAUGAUCCGCGAAAGAGCUCUCUGUCAGUACUUCGGAUCUUACUCGUCAAUAGACAUGAGAAAAAUGGCGACCGCUUUCAACACAUCAGUUGAUGAUUUACAAGAAGAAUUGGCAGUUUUGAUUCAAAAUGACGCCAUACAAGGAAGAAUUGAUUCGCAUAACAAAAUUUUACUUGCGAAAGAAGUCAAUCACAGAACGGCGAUUUUAGACAAAGCUGUCGAACUUGGCGAUGAGUUUGAACGUAAAAGUAAUGUGAUGUUAGCGAAGUGCGCGCUAGUUAAAGCUAGAGUUGUUGUUAGUUGGAAAAAUGGCCAAGGUCGUGAUAAUGACCAGUCUGCUAGCAGCACUUCAGCCGUUGCCACAAAAACCAGAUCCCAAAACCUCCACGCAACUUCUGGAAUGACAAUUUUUGGAUCCUAAUUGAGGAUUUCUGAUACCUUUCAUGAACUUAAAUUUCUGUGAUAUCAAAGUACAAUGUGAAUUGAUUUAAUGCGUUUGAAGGAUUGAAAAGAUGAAAAGCCAAAGUGAUUAAUUGAAUGUGAUCCAAAUUUAGUUUAAAUUAACUGAAA